AUGUACGAACUUCAACAAAGAACGGAGAAGUGCCUGACGGAUCCUGAUGGAAUGAGGAACACUUUGAAACUGAUUAUUUCUAUUGUUGCAGUACUAAACAAUAUCAUAUCGGUACUGAUUUCACCGCAGCUCAUUGCCGAGUUAACAAAACCGCAACCUCCACUAAGUCCAGAGGCCGUUAAAAGUAUAAUCGAAGAUGUAACGCAAUCCUCAAUCAUGCGUUUGGACACCAACAGCAUGGCGAAACUGUGGGAUUUAAUCACAAUGGUUUUCAAAUGGCAAGUCACAAUGACCACGGAUAUCAUGGCGUUGACACUCCGGCACCUCUAUGAAAUCGAGACCUACCUCAUAAAUCCCGACACCCACCUUCAGCUCCACAGAGUACAAAACGUAGUGGAAAACUUCAACAAGAUUUUCAACAAAAACGAAAAGGAGAAGCUGCACGCCGGCAUCGUGGAGUGGCUGCAGAGCUUCAACGUCCGAGUCUCGCUCCUGCUGCGAAUGGGGUUGCAAAACGAAGACGCGAGUUUCACCUCCAACAACAACAACGCCGUAGCGGAAGACAUGCUGAAGAAUUUGGGCGAGAACAUCUACGAGGUGACGCAAAACGGCAAAAUCCUGGAGCCGGACCCGCACGAAGAGGAAGAGGAGCGACUCGACAACAAAGAGCUGGAGGUGUUCGCGAACGAAAUGCUAGGCGCUCGAAAGCUGAGCGCUGCGGAGAACGGCCCCAACAUGAAUUUGCACAUUAACGAGUUCCAGCGCAAGGAGAAGGACGACAUUCAGCUCAAAAUUUUCGAUAACAUUAAAGUUUCGACGCCCGAUGACGCUUUGAAGAAAAUCUUCAGCGAUUUAAACCUGGACGAUUUUGAGGAGGAUUCUUCUAUGAAGGAUGAUUUGUUGGAUAUCAUCGGAUCUGAAACUGUCUAGUCACAUUUUCAGCUUUGUUUAUUGUGUUUUUGUUAAAUUAUUUAUAAUGCUAAGAAUCUGUGUACUUAUAUUUGUUUAUAAAAGUAUUUUAUAAUGCCAACCAAGGGAUUUUUCUCACAGCGCUAGAGAACUUUGUAUCUGUUGAAAAAUUGCAUGAACGGAUGAUGGGGAGCAUAAAAAAGCUACACGUACUGUUCGGUUAUUGACCAACUUGCAUCAAGAAAAUGGAACAAUGCAAAGGACUUAUUUAAAUUCGAAAUCACUCCGUUGACUAUAAGUACUUGCGUCUACAGAGUAAGUCGUAAUUAUUAUUUUAGGUAAGGGGAGACAUUCCGUUUACUAGCUGGAAUUCUGGAUGCAGGAGACUCAAUCCAUAAUUUCAAGUGUCUAUAAAAAAACACACAUGGCUUGGUUCUUACAAAAAUUAAUCACCCGCUCAGCAGACAGCUUCGGCAAAUUUUUUAAAAACGAAAACCUAGGAAAAUCAUGGCCCAUUGGAAAGGGAGUAGAGCGUUUGCCGUUUUAAAGUGAAAUGGCACAGAUACCACCCUCGCACUUGCGCAUGCGUGAUUCUGCCCAAGAGCUCCUUUUAUAUCUAAGAAAAUGUGUACAAAUUUGAUUCCAAUCGAUACAGCCGUUAACUUGAAAAUGAGAGUACAGCUAGGAAGACCGACAGAGCAAAACG